AUGGAUUCAAGGGAAAAUUGAAAAUGAUAUCUUGGAUUUUCUCCUUUUUACUCAAAUCUUUCUCCAAUUUCCCACUUUGACAUCGAUUUUUUCUGUCUCUUCUACUCUUUGCUUUCAUUCAUCAUCGCGGCAUGCUCAAUUUUCCCCAUUGACGUCUCUCUUUAUAUUUCUAUUUCAUCUCAAGAACUGUUCAUAUCCAAAGUCACAUAAAAAUGGACCACAAUCAACAACCCAAACUCACCCAGAUGAAGAAUUGUGUUCAAAAGCUCGGUUCUUCAACAGAGAACUAUGGAGACCCAACUCUGGAUAGGUUCUUGAUAGCAAGAUCAAUGGAUCCAAAUAAAGCAGCAAAGAUGUUUGUUUCUUGGCAGAAGUGGAGGGCUUCGUUUGUUCCAUUAGGGUUCAUUCCUGAUUCACAAGUACUCGAUCAAUUGGAUGCUGAAAAGAUCUAUCUACAAGGGUUAUCAAAGGAUGGAUACCCUGUUGUGAUUAUCAAAGCUUCCAAGCACUAUCCUGCUAAAGACCAGCCACAGUUCAAGAAAUUUGUGGUUCAUAUGCUUGACAAAGUAAUUGCAAGUGGAAUCAAAGGAAAAGAAGUAGGAAACGAGAAGAUGAUUGGUGUUAUCGACUUAAAUCAACUCAGUUACAAAAAUGUUGAUGCUCGUGGGCUAAUCACUGGAUUUCAGUUUUUACAGGCAUACUACCCGGAGAGGUUAGCAAAGUUAUACAUACUAAAUAUGCCAUGGUUUUUUGUGAGCAUUUGGAAGAUGGUUUCUCGAUUCCUGGAAAAAGCAACUUUAGAGAAGGUUGUAAUAGUAGGCAACGAGGAAGAGAAAAACCAAUUUAUCAGAGAGGUCGGGGAAGAUAUCUUGCCAGAAGAAUUUGGCGGGCAGGCGAAGCUUGUUGUGCUGCAAGAUGUCAUACUGCCACCAUCUCAGGAUUGAUCAACUAAACCAGUUCUUACUCUUUGCAUAUUUGAGACAUAUUAACUUUAAAGUAAAUUCUGUAACUAAUUCUAAUAAAUUUUAUAAAAGUUAUAAUCAAUUCUAGC